AACUGCUGGCAACCGCGGCAACGUCCGAGGGCGAGGAGCACAAGAGUUUUGCCCACGCACGCAACAUUGUAAUAUCGUAUGCCUGCCUUUUGUAAUACACGCUAAUAGAGAUACCUAAUCGAGAUACCCACCGGCAGCCGAGAUGCAGUGGCCCUCGCUCAGCGUUAUUCUUUCCGAGAUAUUUCUGGCGUAUAUCGUCUACUCGAUAUACACGCUGUCGCUGCUGUUCGUGUCGCCGGCCUGCGAGGAUGGCAAGCCGUGUCUCGAGUCGUACCUGAGCGAACGGCCGCAGUUGGAUCUAUACAUGUACAGCUCCAUCAGGAGAAAUCCCGCCAGCAGAGACGUCGACCUCGUAUACUCGGGGCAAAACUUCGCGUACGAUCAAACGCAAACCAUUCCAGUGACUCUGACCGUACCAGGCGACACACGGCGAAAUGGAACAUUGUUCUUACAUAUAUUAUUAACGCCUCCCUCCGUAAAACGGAGCAGGACGUUUGUUGAUUUGCAAAAAGAUAUAUUUACCUCGUAUACCGCUAUUAAAAUGACACAAUACGUAGUACCUGAGGCAGAAGCGUUCAAGUUGUUAGGCGACAAGAGCCAUGGCCAUGGUACGAAAAAAGUUACGAGCCAGAUUAUCGUACGUCCAGUCUCACACGUGAAAAGUCGCGUGACUUUUACAAUAAUGACGGACAACGUUAUGCUUCCUAUAUACGGCAUGCCUGCCGAGCUCGUCAAUCACAUCAAAAUAAUUGGCAAACGGACAUUCUUGCCGAUUGUAACGUGCGACUUUUUACAAACGCGACAUCGGGACCUUAAGCGAAUUACCCCGCAAAAUUAUACGACGAACGUCGCGGUAGAAUAUUCGCCUGUGUCGCUAGGAAAAUUAAGAUUGGUGCUGCACGUGCAGGCGACCAUGGAGAAUCUGAGGAAUCUCGGCUUCUCCGACAAAGACAUCGAUGAAGUAAAGGGCAUCUUUGCUGACACCAACGUCUACUUAUUGGGCGGUACAUUCUUCAUCGCGGCUGUACACUUGUUGUUUGAUUUUCUUGCUAUUAAAAAUGAUGUCAGUUUUUGGCGGAAGAAGAGUAAUCUCAUAGGCCUCAGCAAAUGGACCGUGAUAUGGCGUGCGUUCAGUCAGACGGUCAUUUUCCUUUAUCUUUGCGACGAAGGUUCUUCCUUGCUCGUUCUCAUUCCGACCGGUAUCAGCACUGUUAUCGAGCUGUGGAAAUUAAAAAAGAUGUCGAGAGUGGACGUGAUUAGCAGCGGUAGCAUUUUGCCGAGAAUACGAUUUAAAACUGACUGCAUUGACGCAGCCGAGGUGAAAACUAGAGAGUUUGAUGCUGAGAGUAUGCGUUAUCUAAGUUACUUGUUAUAUCCGUUAGUUAUCAUUGGUGCAAUCUACUCGUUACUUUAUCAGCCGCACAAAAGCUGGUAUUCAUGGAGCAUAAAUUCCUUAGUGAAUGGAGUUUACGCAUUUGGAUUCCUCUUUAUGCUGCCGCAGUUGUUCGUUAAUUAUAAAUUGAAAUCCGUGGCGCAUCUGCCAUGGAGGGCGUUCAUGUACAAGGCAUUUAACACUUUCAUCGACGACGUGUUUGCUUUCAUUAUAACGAUGCCGACAGCGCACAGAAUAGCGUGUUUCAGAGAUGACGCCGUUUUUCUGAUUUAUCUGUAUCAAAGAUGGUUAUACCCGGUGGAUAAAUCACGUGUGGAUACUGAUACGAUUACAGAAGAAGCUGUCAAUUUCGGCAACAAUACGAACAAAAAAACAAAUUAACCAUUCCUAUUGUUUACUGUUUACUGUGUAUUGUUAUUGUUUGUCUUCGUUACCUAGAACUUGAAACUUUCGUAAUAUCAUGUUGAAACGUUAUUACGUGCUGGCAAACAGUAUUUAUAUCGCUAAUGUGAAAAUUUAACUAAUAUACGCAUACAAUUGUUACGAAAAAUAUAUCUUAUUUUCUUUUUAUCACCUA